CAAGUUUGUUUCAAAGAGAUUGAUAGACUGAUCAGGAAUGCAAUAUUGGCAAGGAAGAACCGCAGAAACUUUAGACACCUAAUGGGAACCUGGUUGAUGCAUGAAUAAUGGAUCAUCACAGCUUCUAGAGUAUAAACUAAGCUUUCCCCUGUUUUUAUCUUUUUUUGGCUUGGGACUGCUUCUCUUUUCACAUCUUGUACUAGUUACAAUCUAUCUCAUUUGAUAAAUGAAAUUCACAUCCUUAUCAAAAAAAAAAAAAUAUUAAAUGCCUUAAAAGUGCAUAUGGUCGAUGAACUAAAUGUUAGUAGAAGAUUUGGCUGAAACCUAACUAUAAAGAAAAAGUUUGUUGGAAGCCAACAGCUCUCUUAAGGUGGACAGAGACAAUUUCAGUGAAAAAAUUCUGUGGCAUAUUUAGAUUAUUAAAAACCCAAAAACUAAAAUUUAUGGAGCAAAUUAAAAUAGUGUAUAAUUAUAGACUCUAAUCUCAUUGCGUGCAAAAUUUACAUGUUGAAUGUUUAUUUAGCGUAGAAUCAUCUCUAUAAUAAAAUGGUUUAACAAUAUGUCAAAGUCCAUGUCCAAGUCCAAUUAUGCAAAUUUAAGAAGAAAAAUGUUUAUUUUUCGAAGUUGCAACAUACUAUACAAGCUAAAUUUUCAGCGUACUAGUGUCUUGCAGAUUAGUUGCUCAUUUGCACAUAGUUAGUUUUCUCUGCAGAACGAUCAACAAUGGUAAAUCAUCAUUUGAACCAGGGCUCAAUAACCGAUUCUGUAUAUAAACAUACCGAUUCCAAACUACAUACAUUACUACCAAGAUAAUGUUAUUUUCUUGGAAAAUUAAGGAACGGUUAUUAGAGAGACAAGUCGGGGCCAAAGGCACAAAAGAAACAACCAUAGUUAAAUUUAAAAAUAUAAAAUAAAGCAAGUAAAAGAAUAAAGAAGGAAGGUGUCAAGAGCUUUUGCUACUGAAAUCUAAGAGAAUGUGAUUAAAGUUACAACUCAAGAGGAAAAAAUAACAAAAAAAAAGCAAAAAAAAAUUUAAAAAAUCAAAAAGAAAAUACUUAUGCAUAUAUAACAAGUUUAGCAAGUACUUUCGCUUUGUCGCUUUGCUUCAUAUUGCAUAACUAUAUACUGCAUGCAUAAAACGAUGACGUAUUAACUGAUCAUUGCUGCCACACUCUUUCUCCGAUCUCUUAGUUUCUCUGAUCCCAACGAGAAUAUUUCUCUUUAUUGUUUUUUCUUUUUUUUCUCCUUUAUAAAUCUUCUUUUUAUGUGAAUUUAAAGUUUUUUCAAAAGAAAGUAAAUCUUCCAAUGGUAUAAAGGGUGCAGCUUGGGUUACUUUUAUCAGAUCGAUUAUCUUUCUUUCACAAAAUCAUUACCUCCAGGUUAGAUAAAAGAAAUCGGUUUUAAAGUCGAACAAAAAAAGUAAGAAAAACAUAAUGCAUCAUUAUAUUUUCACAACUUUACUACGGCUAUUGUAUACGGAUAAAGAAAAUUAGCUUGACUAGAUUGGAUAAAGAAGCAUGAUAGUUAAUGUUUAUUCCUUCAGAACAUUUUAUUCACUUUACAGCCAUUUACCAAAUCAAAAUGUAGAAUACAUUUCUGAUAAAAACUUAAACUUUUGAUGUAAAUGGUUUUCUACUAUCCAACUUUUUUUUUUGUAACUUGGCUUUCAUAAACUACUAUCCAACUUUACUAAACACUAGAUUUAAAAAAAAAAUCAAAUAAACUCACACACAAAUAGGCAAAUUAGCAAAUUUAGUUAUUUAAAUUAAUACUAGUAAUUAGAUAAUUUUACUUAUGAUUUUACGCUUCAGUAACAUUAUUGAUCUAUAACAGUUAAGAGUAUUUAUAUUGUUUGACAGUACUGUAUUUCUGUUCGUUAAUUACUUAAUUAUAUAGACUAAAUGAUUGAUCUAUCGAAAGCUUAAUUUAGUUAUUGGAGAGUGUUUCUUUUAUUUCCUUAUGUAUUCAUGUUAUUAACUAUCUACUUUUUUAAGAAAAUGAAAAUGGGAAUAAAGUGGCUAUACGAUAUUACGAAAUGCAGUAUAAUGUUCAACUAUAGCAGUCAAAAAGCAUUUUUAACCUUUUACAUCUUUUAUUGAUAUUUUUCAUUAUUUUAAAAACUCUAAAAGAAAAUAAUUUCGUUUAACAGAAUUCUUUUGGUCAUCUAACGUCGUAUCCCAAAAUAAAGCUCAUAUACGUAUCUUUACUUUUGUUUUGUUGGGAACAUUAACUUUAUAUAUAUAUAUGUGUGUGUGUGUAUUAGUAACGUUUAAAGGUUAUACAUGUUUUUUUCUCAAAAAAAAAGGUUAUACAUGUUAUAUCCGAAGGAUAUGCUCACAGUGAAAGAGAUAAUUCAAUUUUUGAGGAGGUCUACAUUUUUCAUAAGUACAACUUGGUUUCUUGUCGAAUUUGUUUGAACAAAGUUGGCAUAAUUUGUUUUUUUUUUGUGUAUAAAAUUGUAGCAACGCCUAAUAUUUAAUUAAAAAAAUUAUAAGUGAUAAUUUGGUUACUAGGUAGUAAGUAGAAAGUCCUGCCUAAUUUAAUAUCAUGUGUAUACAUACAAAAUGAAAAAAAGGGAAAACGAAAACGGAACAAAUCAUUGACGACGGGAUCGGUCAAAGAGGAAUAAUUAAGCUCUUUCUUUUUAACAAAUUUUACUGUCACGCUCUUUUGAAUUUGUCUUUUGCUGGGUACAGUUGAACGAAUGUUUCUUUACUUCCAUCACAAGACAAAUAAGUAAUUCUAACAGACAAAUAAAUUUAUUUUAUACUGUCAAUCAGAAAAACGUUAUUUUAAAUCAUCAGAAAAACAAUUAUAACAUUAGGAAAGAAAAUAUCAUUUUUAUUUACUCCAAGGUGUACAAGUAAAUGACUUGAUUGCCAUGGAUGAUACAAGUUGAUUUGAGAUGGUAUUUCUCCAGCUUUUCCAUUCUUAUCUUUAAAUAUACAAAAUAUAAGAAAUUGGCUUUUUCCCUAUAUGCCUAUAUCCCCUGUACGCAAAGAAACUCGCUUUACAAAAUAAAACACUUUUUUCUUAGCUCUUACGCGAGAAACUAAUGGAGCGACAACAUAAACUGUAUAAGUCUUCGCUUCUGCUCUAACCAGUGUUCUAACAGCCUCCAUUGACAUGUUUAAACUUUUCAGAUGAGUCCGAACAUAAACCUGAAACAUAUAUAGGUAGUUAGUACAUGCAAAAACUUGUAUACUACAUUUUAUCAAUUGUUUUAGUGCAAGUCAUUUCUAGACUUCCAAAUAAUGGUAUAGAAUAUUAUGUCUCGUUCUGAACAUUAAGCAUGGCUGUAUCCAAUUCCUCCAUGAUACUCAUGUAUAUUUAUUUCAACAAGUUUUUAAAAGCCACCCAUUUUUCUUUUAAGAAAGAUAAUUGGGACAUUUUCAUUGUUUAUUAUUAUAUAUGUCUAUCUAUAUCAAAAGAGUUUCAAGUGACUUAACAUUUCAUCUUUUGUGUGCGCUUGAUUAACCAUUUUGAUGUAUUCUAGGUUGUAAGCGUAAAUGCUACACGGAAAAAAAAAACUGAAAAUUAUCAUUUAUUUACACAAAUUUUCUUUAACACACACUCAACACUGGAAACUUGAAAAAUGAAACGGGGUAAACCCCAUAAUUAAUUUCUGUCCGGGCUGAACUCAAAAUAUAUACAUAGUGCUGCCUACGACAAGCCUACUUAGGCCCAAUAUGUUUCUUGCAGAUUUUGAGACGAAGUGUAAAACAUUAUGGCUUUGAUUAGUGACAUGAGUUAGAAAUGAUUUAGUUUGAUUUAUGGUUAUAACUCAAAAAUGUUACCAAUCAUCCAUUAAUUUGAAAAUUUUGAUUUUAAGAUUGAUUUAAUAUGUGUUAUGGUUGAAGUAUAAUUUGAGUUACUCCUUUUAUAAAAUGGCUAACUCAAAAGUUAACUCAACAUCAAGAAAAAUCUCAUGUUUUAAGGUUGAGUUAGCAUUUAAUGAUUUCUUAAAAACAAAAAAAAAGGAAAGAAACGAAAACAAAAGUAAGUUUCAUGAUAAUGUUACUAGAUGGUGACGGCAGAGCAGAUGAGUAAGAUAAUUAUAUAUUUAUUAAUUAACAAUGAGGUUAUUUUAUGGCACAUCACUACUAACCAUAAUAAAUAGAUAAUUAACUUAAAUAUGAUAUAACAAAAUUACUAUGUAAUAUAUUUUAAUAUUAAAAUGAUAGUAAUUAGUUAUUAUUUUUACCAGUUCUAUAUAAAAUCUAAUUUUCUUAGUCAAUUAUUGUUAAGAAAAAAAAAGAUGAUUUGAUUUACCCCAAAAAAUCUUUUUCUUAAAAACUGUAAAACAUACUUGUAUGACUUAUCUUUGAAUAUAUAUAUCAAGAAUAUAAAUAUGUAUUUAAUAAUUCAACAUACAAAAUGAAAUUGUACAUAUGAUUGGAAUAAAAAUUAUUUUUACUAUUAAUUUUAGUUUAAAAUUGGAGUUUUUAAUUAUUGUGUAAGUUACUUUAUUAUUGAUAUUAAUUAUAAUAGUUAUCAAUUUUUAAUAUAAAACAUCAUAAAGCCUAUUUAUCAAUUAUUAAAAUUGCAUACUUUAGUAAUAAUAAUUGUUUAAUUAUUAUUUAUUUCCAAUAACUACUUAUUAUUUAUCUUUUUUUUUGACAGCAGACAUUUACAGACUCAUGUGGACACUGUAAACCAAUGUGGUAAUUCUGCGUCCAUGUGCACGACGAAAGACGGUUGUUUCCGAGCACUACGUGCCAAGCUAUCCGCCCUUAUGUUUUCCAUCCUAGAAACAUGAACAAUAUCUGAGUUGACGAAACUGCGUCGCAAAAGCUUAUAUUGUAAUUUAUACAUCAAAAAUAUUGUCCAUCAGUUAUUUUAAUGAAAAUAGUAACUCGUAUUUAUAUUGCAAACAUAUUACAUAAAUCUAUAGUUUUUAUUACAUAAUUUUUACUGUAAAAUAUUACAUCAAAUUGUAAUACAUAAACUUAUUAUUUAUCUUUUAUUAACCAAAAAAUUAUAUUGCAAUUUAUACAUCAAAAAUGUUGUCCAUCAGUUAUUUUAAUGAAAAUAGUAACUCGUAUUUUUAUUGCAAACAUAUUACAUAAAUCUAUAGUUUUUAUUACAUAAUUUUUACUGUAAAAUAUUACAUCAAAUUGUAAUACAUAUUACAAAUCAACGUUAAUAUUACGUGUUACCAAUAAUUGCUUGCUCCUCUCUUCCUCUCGUCAUAUUUUUCAUUGUGAAGGGCUAAAUUUAGAUCGUCAAAGUUGGUUUAACCGAAAUCUAUACCUACAGUGUAGGAAUCUUACUGUUAGAUUGAACCGAGAAUAAGUUUGGUUACUCGUUUGUUUCUUCUACUAAAACUAUUAGAUUUUGAUUUUUUUUUUUGUUUCCAAAAUAUGAGCUGCAAUUGUAUUAAAAUAUAGUAUUAGAGUAUGGCUGAUUUUAGCUCCACAUAGAUACGUUCUUCUAGAAAUCAUUCUCAUUUAUUGGAAUCGAAAUAUGUUAGAGGUGGAAUAUGUUCAAUAUACAUUUUAUUAAGUAAAAAUAACUAUUCCAGUGUUUCCGACAAACCGGGAAUGAUUAGACCGAAUAUAAUUGAUAUCAUAUAUUUGCAAGGUGUCAUCCAGAUUUAUGAAUCUUCCAAAGAUAAAAGCCAUACUAAACUGGCUUUUAGCCUAAUAUUUUAUACUAGCCAAUAUUUUAUCCCUCAAAACUAAAUUGACUGGUGCACAUAAACAUCAUCGAAUAUCAAGAAGUUUUACUGAAUUCAUAAACAAAACCAUAUCAAGUCGUGCAUAUGUAAUCCUCCAUACACGUGGUAUCAACAUACAACUAAUUUUAUUAAUAAUUAUCAUUGAUCGCCAAGAUCAUGUUGGGCCACCCAAACCACGGCUUAAUAAUGUUUAAGAUACAAUCGCAAGGAACUAAACACCAAAAAAUGUUCAUACCUUUCACCAGCAAUCUCUUUCAUUUUUGGGUCAAACCACUAAUCUCUCUAGGUCCCAUAAUCUCUUUAUUUAUUAAAUGUGCUUUUGAUUUAGUUAAAUAAUAGGUUUAGAGAAAAACAAACAAGAACUAAUACAACAAGAAGAGAGAUAAAGAAAGAGGCCCGGCAUGAGAUACAAUGGUUAGGGAGAAUAAGAAGGAUUUUUUUUUAUGAUCCGGGUCAUCCGGAUAGUAAAGGUUCGAUUAAUUCUGGAAACUAAGACAAGAACCGGCUGCUUAAUUCUCUCCUAAUGGAAAUGGAAUCUAAGAAGCCUGACUUCCACGAAAUCACUAGGUCAACCCCUCGUUAGUAAUAAAACGGAAUUAGUACACCGAUUCCCAACUAAUCAAAGGCAAACAGUUACGUAAGACUAUAUAAUCGAAAACCAUUUUUGAUCCAAGUUGUUGUAGACUUAAGCUUUUUGUUCUUUUUCUUUGUCUUCUUUUUUUUCUUGAAUAAGCUUUUGUUCUUAACGACAGAGUUUACCAAUGUUUUCCUUGAUGGAAGAGAUACUUCUUGGCGAUAUUUUCUGUACGUUCCCUCUAAAUCACACAGACUGGGCAUGCGAACCUCGGAAGAUCUUUAGAGAUCGCACUGUUGCCAGAUGCUGCGGGAAGCCAUGAUCAUACAAAAAUUUAGCGUGUGUAUUAUACUAUACACGUAUUUUCAGUAUUUUCUAUCCGAUGUGUCGUUUCGGAAUUUUGAAUAUGCCGAAUUUGUGUUUUUAACAAUAUAAUUAUUUAGAGUUCAAUUCACACUUAAGAACUUUAAAUAUUAUAAAAUAAUAACUCAAAUUACGGCUCCACCUGAUCGACCGUGUCAACUCUAACAGUCUAAAACGAUUUAAACAUUUUCCUCGUGGGGCUGCAAAUAAACGGGUUGAGUGUGGACAUGUACGUGUAUUUGGAACUAGAUAAGGAUUUUCCAAAACUUAUUGCCCUUGAUGAUAAUCAGGGAAGUAUAUUUCUGGUUAAUGUUGAUUACACAUGGAUUCCAUCUAUGUGUGAAAGAUGUGGAAACUUGGGUCAUAAAGCUAAGAGAUGUCUUCUAACUUCUAAGCCUCUACACGAUACAAACCUGAUGUCAACCAAAGAUGGCAGCAAAGAUGUGAUUCCUAUUGUGGACAUUGAUCCCAUAUUAAAGCAAAGAGAGAAGGAUCCCUCAACCGAAGCUUUCUCUCAAAGAAUUCAAUGGCUAAUGGCACAUGCUUGACCUCUACUCCAACUUCUGAAGCGCCUUUGUCUCAAGUAACUCAUGUUGUCUCUAGCACUGAAAUAAAUCCACACUUGCCAUCAGGUUCAGAGAUUGUUCCCCCACUGCUUAUUUUUUCUACUGAUAUCUCUAUGGAAUGCCAAGACACAUCACCUGCAAGGUGCAUAACUUACUCUCUUACUUCACAGCCUCAACAAGAGAAUACCACAGCUUUGACAAAUCUGUCCAACACUUUAUCCCCAUUAGUAGAUUCUCAAUCUGCUCCCACUUCAACAAACUUUAUGAAGUCUUCUCCAUCAAACAUUAUCAACAAUAUUGUCCAAAAACCUUUAGUUGUUGAUCCUUUGACCACAACACCACAAGCUGGUGCAUUCGAGAGUCCUUCUUGUUUCACUGUGUUAGGAGUUGUGGAUGAAGCUGAAAUGGAGCAAAUAAGUUCUUUCAGCUUGACAAGGAGUGGGAGAGAGACCAAACCUCCUAUCAAAUACCAAGAUUUAGAAUGGAAGACUGUGCAUGGGAGAGGUAAACAUGGCCGCCGUGGUCGUGGUUCUUUUCGUUAGCUAUUUCUUUUACAGUUCUUUUUUUAGCUUUGCUAGUUCCGGCCUAGGUGUUUUCUUAGGUAUGAGCUUGUUCGUAUCAUGAAUUGUGUUUCAUGUAAGCUUUUUCCCACUAUAAGAUUAUGCAGUCUUAUCUUGUAAACGUUUGUUUUAAUUUAAAUUGAAAGCCCUUUGUCAAAAAAAAAAAGAUAAAUCUACCACCCAAUUCCUUACGGUCAUGUGAUUUUGAUAUUUUAAAAUUAACUAGACUAUGAAAAAUAUCCUUACAAUUCACUAGAAAAAAAACUGCAUACGCAAUUAGAAGAAUUAAUUAUCAUCUGACAUCUUUGCUUUCUAUGAUAUUUGCUUCUUAUAUACCUUUGAUUUUGGAUUAUUCCUACAUUAUAUCGUGUUCACAGUUACAUUUUUGAUUGCUGGAUAAGUCUAUGGUUAUACCUUUACCUUUGUUAAAGGUACUUCUGAUUAUUCCAUGACAAUAUAUAUAUGUUCACACAGAACAGAAGUAAACAUGAUAUGUCCUGCAUUCAAUUCAAAGGACAGUAAAGACUAAUAAAGAGUCUUCUGGGUCCAGUUAGAAUAUAAUUAAAGUAAAAUUUAGCGAAAAAGUUGACAAUCAUCCCAAUUAUUUGCCAUAAUUAUUACAGACACAUUAACAUGAUGUCUACCUGUAUUGGUAAUUUGAAAUAACCUAUCUGCUUUCCUUUUAUGCUAUAGGUUGUUAGCAAAUCUAUUGUAGAUGGAGCUAAUAUGUUCAAUCAUUUAGUAGUGAAGUGUGCUAGGAAUUGUACUGCUACUAUAGUUGUACUACAAACACAUAUGACUAAUGCGUAUUGUGUGAGUGAAAGGUUUUUCUAUUUUUAUAUUGGUCGAAAGGAACCGAAUUGAUUAUUAAAAAAAAAGAAAAAAGAAAGGAAACCGAAUUUAAGAUCUAUUGAAUCGAACGGUCAAGAACGUAUGUUAUUUCAGGAGAUUAGAGCACCCGCAAUGGUGUUACUCUAAGGGGAAUCCUUAGAAAAAGUGUAUUUUGAUUUUUUAAAUAUUAUUAUUUAUUUAUUUUUUUUUAAAUAAAAAAAAUAAAUAUCAACUAAUUGCGGGUCGCCACAUGUCGUCGGAACCCGCAAAUAGUGCAAGGAUUCACUAAGAAAGAGUCCUUAUUUAGGAAUUUUAAGGAUUGAAUCCUUAGCUUUUGGUAAGAUCUACCGAUUAUUUAAUUAUUAUUUUUCUAAGGACUUCCCCUUAAGGAUUCCCAUUGCGGAUGCUCUUAAGAUCCUACAUCACACACACGUGCCUAAAACUGUACCUUCUCUCUCUGUCAGACUCUUUUGUCUAUAAAAUCCUCGGCCCACACUAGUUUGGAGACAGUACACUCAAUCAAAAGAAAGAAAAAACAAAACCUUCCAUUUCAAGAAAGCAUCGUUUUAGUUUGUGUGUGUGUGUCCGAAAAUGGAAGAUCUUGACCAUGAGUACAAGAAUUAUUGGGAAACCACAAUGUUUUUCCAAAAUCAAGAACUCGAAUUUGACAGUUAUAAAUUUAGCUGGCCGCUAGAAGAAGCUUUUUCGGGUUCCGGCGAGUCAAGUUCGCCGGACGGAGCAGCAACGUCGCCGGUGACUUCAAAGAACGUUGCCUCUGAGAGGAAGAGACGGGAAAAGCUUAACCAGAGACUCUUUGCUCUCCGAUCUGUCGUUCCCAAUAUAAGCAAGUUGGACAAGGCAUCUAUCAUCAGAGAUUCAAUAAACUAUCUGCAAGACCUUAUUGACCAAGAGAAGAAACUGGAAGCAGAGAUCAGAGAGCUCGAAUCACGAUCAAUGUUGCUAGAUAACCCUACAAGAGAUUACGAUUGCAUCAAUAAUUUCCCGGGAAAUCAGCAGCAAGAUCUCUCCGGCAUUAAUGCCAUGAGAUCAAAGAAGUCCAGGCAGAUGGAUUACAAUACUUUUGGAUCAUCAAUCACUAGAGUGCAUAAUCACUCCCUCAUCGAAGUUCUCGAAAUGACGGUGACAUGUAUGGGAGAGAAGACAGUGGUGGUAUGCAUAACAUGUAGCAAGAAGAGAGAGACAAUGUUGCAGCUUUGUAAAUUGUUGGAGUCUUUGAAUCUCAACAUUCUCACUACUAACUUCUCUUCCUUCUCAUCUCGUCUCUCUACCACUCUCUUCCUCCAGGCGAAUGAAGAAGAGAAGAGUACAGUAGAGACAAAGAUACAAACGGCAAUUGCAGCUUAUAAUGAUCCAAAUAGUUUUACCAACUUCUAAUUUGUUUCAUUGUACCAAAAACCAGUUCUUUUUAUGCAAUCUUUAUGAAGAUGUUCUGUUGUAAGAUGGUACUAUUGCAAGGGUUUAUUUGAGCUUCAAAACACCUGAUGGGUAUUAUUUAA